AUGGCAGACAAGCUGGGCAUAAGGGAAAUCGACAACUUCAGUAAGGCCAAGCUGAAGAAAUCGGAGACGCAGGAGAAUACCUUGCCAACCAGAGAGACCACUGAACAGGAAAGGAGGAGUGAAAUUUCCUAA